ACCCGCGCUUUUCUACGCACAGACAAGCACAGCCCCAUUUAUGCGAUCCAGGCUACAUGCUAAAGUAGCACCAGCGUUGGCCUCUCAGACGAAGCUACACAAAAAACACGAUAUCGCCAAAUUAAACGGCUCAACACCACCAGUCUACACAGCCAAAGGGAGUUGCCACUGGCCUGCGACAGAGUAGCAUUCAGCAACAAACUUUGCUAUGGGCAAAAAGACUCGCGAAGACGACGACUCGUCCUCUGACGAGGAAGAGUAUGUUGUUGAGAAGGUGCUGGACAGGAGGGUGGUGAAAGGCAGGGUUGAAUUCUUCCUGAAGUGGAAAGGAUAUUCAGAAAAGCACAACACCUGGGAGCCUGAGAAGAACCUGGGCUGCCCUGAGCUCAUUUCAGAAUUCAUGAAGACCUACAAGAAAGGCAGCAGUGGUGGAAGCUCGUCAUCCAGCACUUCGACAAACAAAUCAGUCACAACAUCCCCCUUGGGACGUUCCAAAGACUCCAGUAGCUCAAAGAAGAGAAGCUCUGAUGACGAUGAGGAGGGGGGAAGCAAGCCCAAAAAGACGAAGGAGGAUGACAUCCUUGUUGCCCGUGGCUUUGAGAGAGGACUCGAGCCAGAGAAGAUUAUUGGAGCAACUGACUCAUGUGGAGACCUAAUGUUUCUUAUGAAGUGGAAAGACUCUGAUGAGGCGGAUCUCGUGCUUGCCAAGGAAGCCAAUCAUAAGUGCCCACAGAUCGUCAUAGCCUUCUAUGAGGAACGUCUCACCUGGCAUGAAGACAGUGACAAGAAGGAGAAGGACGCGGUUAGCGCUUGAGUGCUCGUCUGAGGGGAAAACCGGACCUCCUCCACUGCAGGGACAACCUUGAGUCAGACAUUUUUUCACACCCAAACCUCCCAUCCUUGCUCUUCACCAUGUCCAACAAGGACCGUGAACACAAUCGUGUUAUCUCCAUCCAUGCCCCAUUGGAGCACAAAGGCCCCAGGCUGCUGAGAAGGAUCCAUCAGACGGGAGGGGAAGCUGUAGCGGACAAGGGUGACAUGCUACUGGGGAGGGUUUCUGCUGUUAUGUCUUUGUAUUAAAACAUUUUUUUAUUGAUUUUAACACAUCAUAUUUUAGUACAGAAUACGGUUGCCAGUAAUGUAUGUUGCAUCCAUGAGCACAUGUGGUCAUCCAAUAAAACUCAGAACAUAGUCAUGAACCUGCUUUGGUACAAGCCGUGUUUACUAUAAGCUUGUCCCAUCAGCUAGUCCUUGUAGGUAGUGCAUCUCUUUGCUUUAAGAACCCAGCAACACCACGGAGGAUAAGCCGUUGUAUCUUUAUUCAGGAAGUGAUCACCGCAGCGUUUUCCUGUCUUCAUUAUCACUUCCUUUUUUAUCUCUUUUAGAUUUAUCGGUUUUUCCUGUCUACCAGGAUAGAACUACUCAAUUUGCAAACUUGCGGACAUCGGCCAAUUAGUUAAGUCAAUGUAUUGUAGUGAUGAUGUCCUUGUUUUUGUUUUUUUAACUGUCAUUUCUAUCUCUACAUUUUAAGUUUUAACAUGUGAAUUUUGUGUGGUGUUUUUCUAUUUCUUUACUCUAUAAACAGUUUUAGAAAAAGGACAAUAAAACACAUUAUUCUCAGUCUA